GGCUGGGGCUUCCCCGGCAGGAGGAGGGCCCGAGUCGGGGGGUUCCCCCUCCCCCCACUCCUCAUCCCCCCGCCCCGAAAAUGGCGAGCCACCUGCCCCCGUGCGUCGUCGACGGCGGCACCGGGUAUACAAAACUGGGUUAUGCAGGGAAUACAGAGCCGCAAUUCAUUCUCCCAUCAUGUAUUGCAAUAAGGGAAUCGGCAAAAGUUGGUGAUCAAGCACAGAGGAGGCUGACACAGGGGAUUGAGGAUCUGGAUUUUUUCAUUGGAGAUGAAGCCCUUGACAAGCCCACCUAUGCUACAAAGUGGCCGGUCCGGCAUGGUAUUGUGGAAGACUGGGAUCUUAUGGAAAGGUUCAUGGAGCAGGUCAUUUUUAAAUACCUUCGAGCUGAACCGGAGGAUCACUACUUCUUAAUGACUGAACCACCACUGAACACCCCUGAAAACAGAGAGUAUCUUGCAGAAAUCAUGUUUGAAUCUUUUAACGUACCAGGACUUUACAUUGCUGUUCAGGCAGUGCUAGCCUUAGCGGCAUCUUGGACUUCGCGGCAAGUUGGGGAUCGUACUUUAACAGGAACCGUCAUCGACAGUGGUGAUGGGGUAACCCAUGUAAUUCCAGUGGCGGAGGGUUAUGUCAUUGGAAGUUGCAUCAAACAUAUCCCCAUUGCAGGUAGAGAUAUUACGCAUUUCAUUCAGCAUCUCCUAAGGGAGAGGGAGGUGGGGAUUCCACCUGAACAAUCCCUGGAGACAGCUAAGGCCAUAAAGGAGAAGUACUGUUACAUAUGCCCUGACAUAGCAAAAGAAUUUGCCAAGUAUGAUAUAGACCCACGUAAGUGGAUCAAGCAAUAUACAGGCGUCAAUGCAAUCAACAGGAAUAAAUUUAUUAUAGAUGUUGGCUAUGAAAGAUUCCUUGGUCCAGAAAUCUUCUUUCAUCCAGAGUUUGCCAACCCUGACUUCAUGGAGUCCAUUUCGGAUGUGGUUGAUGAAGUGGUACAGAACUGCCCCAUUGAUGUUCGGCGCCCUUUAUAUAAGAAUGUGGUUCUUUCAGGAGGAUCCACAAUGUUCAGGGAUUUUGGACGCCGGCUACAGAGAGACUUGAGAAGAGUAGUUGAUGCCCGACUGAAAAUCAGUGAGGAGCUCAGUGGUGGUCGGAUAAAGCCCAAACCUGUUGAAGUUCAAGUGAUAAGUCAUCACAUGCAGCGCUACGCAGUCUGGUUUGGAGGAUCCAUGCUCGCCUCAACAAGUUCUUUGAAGUAUGUCACACCAAGAAAGAUUAUGAGGAAUAUGGUCCUAGUAUCUGUCGCCACAAUCCUGUCUUUGGCGUUAUGUCUUAAUGCUUGUUGUGGCGUCCGAACUACUCUGGUGGUUGAUGGAGAUCCUUUGGCUGGUGAGGAGGAAAGAAGGCUUGGCGAGAUGCUAACCCGGAGGAAGACUACUUCAGUCUCACUGUGUGCACUAGAAUUUCGCAUUGCAAUGCAAUGGACAACCCAGAACCAUUUGAACAGAAGUCACCCUUAUUCUGAUUAUUUGAGCCUCCCCUUCCUUCCAGCAUAGGAGCAAAACUCAUAUUUAGGGAGACUGUGAAAACAGGAAUUGCAGGGACAAAUAGAGGCAAUAAAAUAAGCCAAAAUGUUGUUGCUGUUAAACCCUUUCUAGAACAGAUGGGGGUGCUUAAGCCUUUCCUGCAUUGAUCUCGAGCUCCAAUCUAGUCUUCCAGAAGGAGAGACUGUUUAUAAAUUACUGCAUUGGUUUCCAAGAGACUUGUUUCCCCAGUGGGCAUCCCUACAUAAAUAGAUUGUAACAUGGAGGCCUUUGUUCAUAGAAAAAUUAAAAUACUGUAACUUUGCAGUGCAAAUACCUUAUUUUGAGAAUUUUGAACUUCAUGACAAUUAUUGAGGUGUUUUUUUCUGAGUUGAGUUUAAAUGGUUGCUAAUGCCAUGAAGUUAGUGGGAGGGACACAAGUUCCAGUUGAGAUAUAUACUGGGAAGUCUUGUUGGUAAAACAGCAGGCAACCCAAGAUGCCCCUUUGAAUACAGAUAUGUGUUUUUACAGAUGAUACAACAUUUAUUUGAAUGAAGUUUUUAAGCCUCUGAAAGUAACAUAUGAUAUUUAUUAUUGCUAUUUAUUUACCAUUUUGGUUUUAUUUUAUAUUUGAGACCUGGUGAAUAGUGGAUGGAAAGUUCAAAUAAAAGCUGUUAAUGUGUUCAUACAGAAAGCUAUACUAUUAUUUAAAUUCCUUGUUUCUGAAGGCUCUUGUUCAAUAAAAUUUCAUAUUUGCUUAGGAAUGGUGCAACUUUUUCAAAGUAUGUUUGGGAAAAGGUGACAGAUUUGGUCUCUGAUGAUAGUUAGCCACAAAUAAGAGGAAAAAUUCUGCCUGAAAAGCUAUUAUGGACUGACAGUGGUAGCCUAAGAGGACAUGGUAUAUUUAAGGUGUAAUCCCAUGCAGGUUUAGGCAGUUGUGUUUUUUAUCUUUCUAAUCAUGCAUAGAAUUGAACCCUUAAUUGGGUGGCACUGCUCCCUUGAUGGAGUAUCUACAUAACCUCAUGACGGCUCAUGGUUUUAAAUGAGCUUCCUUUCUUUCUACUCCAUGGUGUUGUGAGGGUUUUGCAGGAAAUUUUGGAAAAAAGAGAGUUGUGUUCUAAAGGUCCCAUCCCAUUUCCCAUGCUAGAUGCAGGAAGCAGUAGGAUAAAGUUGCAUAGCUUCUGCAGUAAAGGCUUAUUUUACUACAUGGGGGAUAGUUCAAAAAUACAAAAAGAGUUUUUAAAAGUUACGGAAUCCACAUUCAGCAGCUAAAUGGUUGAAGCCUUGAUGUUAAAACCCUGUUAUACAUUAAGACAGAGUAUGUCAAUGAUAAUGAAAUUAAUCUAAGAGCAUAAAAAGAGCCAGAUCAGAGGCCUGCCUAGUCCAGUGUUUUGUUCACACAGCUGUCUGGGUGAAGUCCUGUAGAACAUUAGUGCAGCACCCCCCCACCCCGGUGCAACUCAUGUAAAGCUAUUGGUACAAAGAGAUACACUGCCUUUGAUAAUGUAAGUUGAUAGCCCCAUUUUCAAAUUUAAUUGGAACCCAAUCUAUUCUCUCUCAUGUAUGAUCCUAAAGGAAUAUAAAUUCCAAAUAUCACAAAGUCAAUAGAAUGUUUUGAGGAUAAAUAUUUACUUAUGCCACCUUCCCGGUUAAUCUCACAGGACUGAUAUGAACAGUAAAUUGAGCAAUCUAAUCUGCCCCUGCCGCUGCCAAUCAGUCUUCUGCUAGAAUGAAGAAACCUAAUCUUAGGUCUUCUAUAUUUAAUGAAAUAGAAUCUCUUACUCCUUCGGCAUACAUCAUCAUAAUCCAGCGAAGAAUGAAGGCUAAUGGAGUUCAACCUGAUAUGGGAAAAACAGAUUGCAGUUGGAUGGUCUAGCAAAUCCAUCCAGCCAAAUUGGCUGUACAUAUUUUGACCUCGACUCUUCUUCUGGCUGGACAAGAGGACUUCUAGGAUGCUGGGCAAGUGUAAUGUUGAAUUUAUUCCCUAUAGUAAUAGUUACUACCUGCUGUGAGACCCUGGCACUGGAUAAACUAAAAAUCCAUAGUAGGUAUGUUCAAAACCUUUGUCACCCUGCGGCAAAGGAUUUAUGAAGAGCUUAAUCAAUGGGUAUCCAUGUCGCCUUAAGAACCUGAGAAAAUGGAAUAGGAAGUGGACUAGUUGAAACUCUGCCAAUUUUUCAGGCUUAUUCUGGAAAGCUUGCACAUUAAUCAGAAGAAGGGAUGAGCAAUUCAGCCAAAAGUGUUUAUGUAAUGGCUUUUGUAAACUCUUGACUUGAAUUUUUUAAAAAUAUUGUGUUCUGGAAGCAGUUGACUUUCCAUCCCAUCAGCUUAUCUAUUGGGCUGUCUCCCUGGUAAAUGUUUAAUAACACUUGGGUUUCGUUGUUGUAAAUCUGAAGAACUUUGCAUAUGUCUCACCAUGGAAUUUUCAAUUAAAUACAAUUAGCAAA